AUUAGCACGUAAUUGUGUGCGUGGCGAUCAGUACGAUAAAAGGUAGCACAACAGUGGACAGUCGCUCCAAAGCGCUCCACGAUUAAGUGUUCCUAUACAUGAGUCGUGAUAGUACAUUCUUAAAGUUGUAAAACUUGACAACGUUCUCAAGAAUGUGUACAGGUGCGGGUAUAGGACGCACCGAACUGAUAACAACGCGUGAUAAGAACGACCGUGUCUUGCAGCACCAAGGGUGAUAAAGCGAAAAUGGCAUAUGGGAAACUACACGUAUUACCAUUGAGUCUCUUCAUUUUGAUUCCCGUGACAUUUGUAAUUACAUACACUAUAUCGGUGCAAUGGGACCAUGUGGUACCUGGAUUCCCUUAUAUAUCAGAGACCGGCACACUAUCACCGGAAUCCUGCAUAUUUGCACAAUGCCUAAAUAUUGCAGCUCUUUUACUUGGAUGCUGCGUCUACAUUAGGCAUCGACAAGUACUGCAAUGGCAAAUAGAAAGAGGUCACGAUCUCGUAAGCAGGAGAAUUAUUACAGUGACCGCAUGCUGUGGUAUCCUCGCUUGUUUCGGUCUAGACAUACUCGCCAAUUUUCAAGAGGCUCGCGUAAUCGCCGCUCACAUGGUGGGAGCGAUGACUUGCUUCUCUGCUGGUACUCUCUAUUUCUGUUUCCAGACAUAUUUGAGUUAUAAAAUGGUGCCAGCUCUGAACGGCACGAUUGUUGUUUAUGUGCGCGCAAUUCUUUCGGCUCUCACAUUAAUAUUGACGGUUUCUACAAUCAUUCCUGGCUAUAUCUCGAUGUCUGAAUUUCAAGGUAAUGAUUACAAGAAGUGGCUACCGGCAGACGGUGGUUGGGGCUGGCAUGUCGCGAGUACUACAUGCGAGUGGAUUCUCGCGAUAGUUUACUGCGCAUUUCUUCUGACAUUCGUUCUGGAAUUUCGAUUAAUUAACUUUGAAGAUCCUGUAGUUACGUUAAUGUAUUUGGAUAAAAUCGAGAAUACAGCGACGUCGCACAAAAUGGAAGCGGCAACAUCACAAGAUAUCAUCGCUAUUAAUCCCAAGAGUGCGAGCGACGAACACAUCAUAGCGACGGAAAACGAGAAUAUGGUAGGAGAUAUAGUCGUUGGCAAAUGUGCUAGUCAGACAGUAACGACGCCGACAGCGCCGGCGACGACGGUCCGACGCGGCGCAGCUGCCGAGAGCGUCGUUUUCGUUGACGCAACAUCGAUCGCGCACCUCGACGGGUCAUUCGUCGGCGGCUGCAUCGACGCAAGACUUUUCGAUAACGGUGUCGAUCGCAGACGUCGACGAUUAACAUCAACCGGCUUUAAAAUUGACAUUGAAAUCAUGGACAAACAAGAGUUCUUUGCUAAUCUACAUUAUCUGCCUAUCGCCGUUUUUAUCUCCUUGCCUACGAUCUUCAUUUUAACAUAUGUAAUCGCUGUUUUACUAGGACACGUCGAAGCUGGUUUUCCUUACAUUUCCGAUGCAGCAACUUAUGCACCAGAGAGUUGCAUUUUCUCUCAAACUGUCAAUCUAAUUGCUAUUCUCAUGUUUUUUAUGAUCUACGUAAGAUAUUUCCAAGUUAAAGAAUGCACCAAUACCUUUGGUUCACCAACCUCCUUGCCGAAGUGGAAUCAUUGGGCCUUAAUAUUCGGCCUUACGUCAACCGCCGGUCUAUCCAUUGUCGCUAAUUUUCAAGAAACUUCAGUAAUUGUAGUUCAUCUCAUCGGCGCAGUGCUUUGCUUUGGAGGUGGUACCGCGUAUUUUUGGACCCAGGCCGUAUGUUCAUUUUACUUACAUCCGUCAGGAUGCUCGUUACGACUCGCGCAUUUUCGCACAGCAUUAUCGACCUUCUGUACAGUGUGCUUUUUCGUGAUCCUUAUUACAGGCGUGCUGGCCCAUCUCGCCUACAAAGGAACGAAUCCUCGGAAAUGGUACAAAGAAGACGGCGGGUGGGAAUUACAUGUAGCUAGCACGGUAACUGAAUGGCUUUGUGCAAUGGCAUUUUGCGCUUAUAUUCUAACAUUCACGGAAGAAUUUAGAGACAUUAGGAUAAGUCCCCCAAAGGUAAUAUGCAACAUGCAUCGUCUAAGAUCGAGUAACGAAGCGCUGAACGAGAGCCAAGACUCAGCUGUGAUUCACGAUCAGAUGAAUCCAUCGAUCAGUACCUGAUCACUCGUAGGCAGAGGCGCCGGUGGUUACGUCAAUCUUCUCUCGCAUUCACCGGUUGACACACCCUGUCCCGG